GAGGGGCGGGUGUGUGUGAGGGGAGGUGCCGGGCUGGCACCGGGAGCCGCCGGGCUGAGAAGGGUUGUGGGGCGCGGAACCGGCCCCGCAGGUUCAUGUGGAGCCGGCGGGGUGUGCGGGCCUCUCCGCCGGUUGAUGAGCGCUCGGGGGGAACCGGCGGGUCCGGCGCCGGCCCGCUGAGGCGCCGCGGGGCCUGGAGCGGGGCGUGAGGAGAGCCGGUGGCCGGCCUCGCCGCCGCCAUGCCGUGCACCUGCGGGAACUGGCGGCGGUGGAUCCGGCCGCUGGUGGUGCUGCUGUAUAUCGUGGGGCUGCUGGUGGUGGUGCCGCUCUGCGUCUGGGAGCUGCAGAAGCUGGAGGUUGGAAUUCAUACCAAGGCAUGGUUUAUCGCUGGGAUAUUUCUGCUAAUGACUAUUCCAAUAUCUCUCUGGGGAAUACUACAACACUUAGUCCAUUAUACUCAACCUGAAUUACAGAAGCCAAUAAUAAGGAUUCUGUGGAUGGUGCCGAUUUACAGUUUAGACAGUUGGAUAGCUUUGAAAUACCCCAACAUUGCAAUAUAUGUGGAUACGUGUCGGGAAUGCUAUGAAGCUUAUGUCAUCUAUAAUUUUAUGGUUUUUCUUUCAAAUUAUCUAACCAACCGGUAUCCAAACCUCGUAUUAAUAAUAGAAGCGAAAGAUCAGCAGAGACAUCUGCCGCCUCUCUGUUGUUGUCCAUCGUGGGCUAUGGGAGAAGUUUUAUUGUUUAGAUGUAAACUGGGUGUUUUGCAGUACACCGUUGUCAGACCAUUUACCACCAUUAUUGCUUUAAUUUGUGAACUAGUGGGAGUGUACGAUGAAGGAAACUUCAGCUUCAACAACGCGUGGACUUACCUGGUUAUACUUAACAACAUGUCACAGCUAUUUGCUAUGUAUUGCCUCGUGCUGUUUUAUAAAGUACUACGUGAAGAGCUGAAUCCUAUCCAACCCGUUGGCAAGUUCCUUUGCGUGAAGAUGGUCGUUUUUGUUUCUUUCUGGCAAGCUGUGCUUAUUGCAUUGUUGGUGAAAGUUGGCGUUAUUUCUGAGAAACACACCUGGGAAUGGCAAAGCGUGGAAGCUGUGGCUACCGGCCUACAGGAUUUUAUCAUUUGUGUCGAGAUGUUCCUGGCUGCCAUCGCUCACCACUACAGCUUUUCCUAUAAACCCUACGUUCAAGAGGCUGAAGAAGGGUCCUGCUUUGACUCUUUUCUUGCCAUGUGGGAUAUUUCUGACAUAAGGGCAGAUAUAUCAGAGCAGGUUCGGAAUGUUGGAAGGACGGUUUUGGGCCAGCCAAGGAAAAUGUUUUUUGCUGAGGAUCACGAACAAAACGAACACACGAGUUUACUGUCUUCAUCUACUCAAGACCCGAUCUCUGAUGCUUCUUCCAUGCCAUCUUCACCCAUGGGUCAUUACCAGGGGUUUGGACACACCGUGACACCUCUCACCACGCCGACAGCAGCCCCCGCGGUCGAUGGCAUUUAUAACACUCCUGCCACGCGAGGCUCGGAGGAGUCACCCGAACUAGAGCACAAUUCAUCAGAGAAAGCUUUGGGGAAAAGUUAGACUGGCUUUUUUUUUUAAUUUGAACGUCUCAAGGAGCCUGCUGUCUGCUGGCCACACCUCUCCUGGUGACGUGUAGUGAUGAAAGACAAAAAGCUUGGAAAAGCUACUGCGCAGGGAGGAAGAGGAGGGUAUGGCUGUAACUGACAUCCCAGUUCUGAAUUCCACAAUGGAGGGGAGAGCCCCAUGAGUAUAAAACACGCACACCGUAAACGUUUCGGCUUAAAUUUAAGAAUCAACUCCUUUAAACUGCUAAACACUUAACACAUCAUGUCAAGAUGACGCCGGCUUUUAUUAAUACAAAAGAAACGUUUGGAAAAAAAAAUGCUCUGCUCUUCUAAAGGUGAGGCGUAAGUACUGCUGGUAAGGGGGAAAGUGAAUGUCAAGAAUGUAAUUUAAGGCAGGCAGCAGCAAAGAAGUGUUAGUAUUAGCUUUGGUUGUCCUCUUAAUGAUGGUAACUUCCAUACCCCGGUGCUGAACGGGGUGUGGAUGAAAGGGUAACUUCUGUACAGAUGCCAUCUUCUGCCCUUCCCUGCGUAGCUAAAAACAAAACCCCUUCAUGAAGAUGAUUAUUACAGAGCAUCAGUAAAGAAUCUACCCCAAGCAAGCAUUCCCUGCAGGCCUCGCUCUCAAAUUCCACGCUCAGAACAGAACGGUUGGCAUUAUCUGUUGUCCUUGUAGCUCUUAAUUUGCAAUUAUGUCUUUUACAUAACAGAAGAGACAGCCAGGAUGAUGAUAGGUUUGGGAAUAACACUUUACACUUGACUACUUUCUUCCUGUCCUUCUAAAAUAACGGUUACUACCCUAUUCUGGGCGGAGGGGAAUUAAGGAUGUCGAAGUAGAAAACAAAACUGAUUUAUUUUGGGCUGCAAUAAAUUCUUUAAGGCUUAGGGUUGUUUUUAAGCUGCUAAAGCAGGCUACCCUGACAAUGUGUCCCUAGUAACUUGUAUUCAUAACUUUGUGUGUGUGUGUGUGUGGAUAUUGUAUUAUGCUUCUAGUAUAGCCUGCUUUCAAAUAGACGAGUUGAUUUCAUUUAUUUUCCCCACCUACUGUCCCAGAAGAGACCUUUGCUGAGAUAAAACUGAGUAGUUAGUCUAAUACUGGAGUUACUGGUGUUAGAUUUCAGACUGAGCAUCCACACAAAAACUGACAAAACCAGAGGGGUAUUGUUUUUAUCCCAUUACCAGAUCUUUACUACUACUGCAUGUUUGCAAACUGACAAAAAAACCCCAAAACACUAGAGCACUGACCUUUUCAGUGACAUCUGAAGGUUCUCUUUCAGGAUUGUUAGCAUUUACAAGAUAAACGUUUAACUUCUGGCUGUCAGGGUAAAUUCAUUUUAAGUGCUUUUUUUUUUUGGCAGUACUAGUGUGAUGUAAAUAUUGCGCCUUACUCACUAGGCUGCGGGUUUUAGAGCUGACAGGACUUGCUGUAUUUGGAUUUAGUGAGAAAAUGCAAAUCAUCAUUUUCAAUUUGCCAAGUCAUUGCCUUUGUUGUAAAUAAUCAAUUAAAGAUUUUAUUUAAACUGUUCA